AUGCCAGGUGAUGGUGGCGAUGGCGAAGAUUUCAAGCCGCCGCUGCCGGAGAAUAUCCAACGAAGCUUCACCUUCUGGGCGGGGGGCCUUGCCGGUGUCGUUUCCGCUGCGGUGACUCACCAGCUUGAUGUGGCGAAGACGCUCCGGCACGUGGGCAAGCCGAUGCCGGACAAGUUCUCCGAUUACUUCGUUGGUAUUUGCAUGGGCUCCUUCGCGCAGGGUUUCCGCUUCGGCAUCACGCUCAUCCUCAACAUGACUCUCCAGAAGCGGCUGGAUAAGUGGCAGAAAGCCGCUCAGAGCAGGAGCGGAUGCUGCAACAAGCUGGUGUCGUUUGGCAUCAGCAUGUUGGCCGCGGGCACGGGCGAGUUCUUGGCCAACCCACCAGUGGUCAUCAAGAACUACCAGAUUGCCAACAAUGUUGGAAUAGCCACUGCCUGCGAGGAGCUGUGGGCGAUGGGCGGCCCACCGCGCUUCUUCAGUGGCGUCGGGAUGGGCGUGCUGCGAAAGUCCCUGGCCAAUGGAGUCGUGCUGCAAACGAUCGGGCCCACGAAGACGUCGCUCUUGGCCUCGGUGCCGAGCCUUCGAAGCUCCCAGGUCACCCUGAGCUUUGUGGCCGGAAGCCUCACGGGGAGCUUCGCGGAGGUCAUGACCAAUCCGCCAGACCAGGUCAAGACGAUGACCCAGGCCGGCGUGCCCUUCUUCGAAGCCGUUGGUCUUGCGGCGAGACAUCCAUUCCGGGGAGCAGGCUUCGCUGGGCUGCGCAAGGGUUUGAUCCGCGGCAUCAACUGGGGGGGCCUCACCUUCUUCCUCGCAGUCUUCGAGUGGAUCUACUGGAAGGUCGCCCCAUUCAAGCCGCAGCGCCAGAUUUCGGAUCUCGAGAAGGCGGAGCUGGAAACACAUACGGAGUUUGUGCGGAAACUGAGCCAGGAGGCAGAGACCUGA